GCGUGAGGUGGAGGAGAAGCAAACACGAGCGGCCAGGGCCAAGCGGGAUGAGACCGAAGACUCUGAUUCGAGCCGGGAGGUGGUGAAGACCCCGCAGAGGCGGGAAGAGGAGAAGAGAAAGCUUGCAGCAAGGAAUAGACGAGCUCAGGACACUGAGGACUCUGACUCAGGUGCAGCUGGCUUUGACCGUGAACAAGAGCUGGCGGCAACGAAAAUCCAAAGCCGCAUCCGCGGCAAGCAUGCCAGGCGUGAGGUGGAGGAGAAGAAGCAAGCACGAGCAGCCAGUGGCAAGCGGCAUGACCCCGCAGAGGAUUCCGAGCCCAGCCCCAGCGGAUUUGACCGUGACCAGGAGCUAGCAGCCACCAGGAUACAAAGCCGAGUCCGCGGGAAACAUGCCAGGCGCGAAGUGGAAGCAAAGAAGCAAGCAAGAGCAGCAAAAGCCAAGCAGGAAGAUCCCGAAGACUCUGCGCCAAGUCCUGGCGGCUUCGACCGUGAACAGGAAUUGGCAGCCACGAAGAUUCAGAGCCGAGUCCGUGGGAAGCACGCCAGGCGGGAAGUGGAAAAGAAGAAGGACGCAGCGAGAGCAAGAAACCAGAAGCCAGAGGAAGCUUUAACCGACCUGGGCGGCAUGGGCACCGACCGUGAGCAAGAGCUGGCAGCCACCAAGAUACAGAGCCGUGUCCGCGGAAAGCAAGCCAGGCGGGAAAUGGAGAAGAAGAAGCAAGAAAGUUUUGCCAACGAUGAAGUCGCGGAGAGUUCCAUCAAAAGCCCGGGUGCAGCAUUCGACCACGAGCAAGAGUUGGCAGCCACCAAGAUACAGCGGGAAAUGGAGAAGAAGAAGCAAGAAAGUUUUACCAACGAUGAAGUCGCGGAGAGUUCCAUCAAAAGCCCGGGUGCAGCAUUCGACCACGAGCAAGAGUUGGCAGCCACCAAGAUCCAAAGCCGGGUCCGUGGGAAGCAUGCCAGGCGCGAGGUGGAGAUGAAGAGGCAAGCGGCCAAGCCCAAGCGAGACCAGGAUGCCGAUGAUUCCGACCCCGCUCCACGCAGUGCGGUUGACCGGGAACAAGAGCUAGCCGCCACUAAGAUCCAGAGCCGAGUUCGAGGAAAGCAAGCCAGGCGUGAGGUUGAACAGCGCAGACAAGCAGCACCAGUCAGGGAAGAGGCGGAAGAUGAGGAGGCCAUGGAUGCUGAGGAGGAGCUGGAGGAUGCAGAGGCGGAGGAG